AUGCGAUUCAUAUACGUCCUUGCAGCGUUCGCUAGUAUGGCAGCUGCCGCCGAUGAACCAUCCUCCACGAUUACGGUUACGACGUUCCCUACUCCUGCUCCGCCUCCACCUAGAUUCCCACCUGAGCCUCUAUCUGACAGAAUCUCACCUAUUAAUCCUAAAUCUGGGAUGAAUACGUUAUGCGCAUACUUGAGAGUCAACAACCCUGGCGAACGUGGUCUACGUGGCGGAGGAUGGUGGGUAAGUAUUAAUCUUCCCUAUUUUACGAGCGUUUUCUAAUAUAGACUUCCUACAUAGUGUGAGAAUGGAACUCCUGAUAUUUAUUGUGUAAAAUACGUAUGGAGAAACUAUAAUCCUUUUUAUGUUUGUGUGGGACCCGACGGGGCCGACGUUGAUCCUACGAAUUUCCCUCACGCUCCACCUCUACCUGACAAAGUCGAACCUGUCAAUCCUAAAUCUGCAUUGGCCGCAUACUGCUCACACUUAAGACUAAACAAAUCCGGUGAUGGUAAGGGUUGGUGGGUAAGUAAUAUCUUUCUCUUAUUUACAAGCUCUUUCUAAUCUGGACUUCUCAUAUAGUGUGGAGAUGGGUAUCCUGACAAUGGUUGUAUGAGUUACUUCCAGACAAACAUCUCCCCCUUUUAUGUUUGUGUUGCUGCCGACGGGAGAGACAUUGAAUCUGCCACAUUGACUGCAGGACCUCUCAUAAUCCAGGAGGUUUAUCCUAAAUCUACGUUAGCCCAGGAUUGUUUGUAUUUAAGACGCAAUACAGCUACGGAGAAUGGUGGGGGAUGGCGAGUAAGUGUUAUAUUCUCAUUUCUACAAGCUGGGCUGAUCUAGACUUCCUUCCUAGUGUAAAACUUAUGAUGAUACAUACAAUUGUAUAAGUUUUGA